CUUUGGGUUGCAGUUCUCUGGCACAGAAUAACUGAGAGAAACUGGCUGAGACUAUCACUCAAACUGUACCCUUCACAGAGAACUGUUAGGAUGGGAAAUAGUGCAUUAAAAGCCCACCUGGAGACAGCACAGAAAACUGGUGUGUUUCAGCUAACGGGAAAGGGACUUACAGAGUUUCCUGAAGAUCUGCAGAAGCUAACAAGCAACUUAAGGACCAUAGACUUGUCAAAUAACAAAAUAGAGCUCUUGCCACCACUCAUUGGAAAAUUUUCCUUUUUGAAGAGCCUUGUCCUAAACAACAACAAACUGACUGCUUUACCUGAGGAGCUGUGUAAACUGAAAAAACUGGAAACACUACACUUGAACAGCAAUCACUUGAGGCAGCUACCGGCUGCGUUUGGACAACUUGCGGCUCUCAAAACCCUGAGCCUUUCUGGAAACCAGCUUCGGACUGUGCCUACACAACUCUGCGGUCUUCGCCACUUGGAUGUGGUGGAUCUUUCCAAAAACCAGAUCCAAAACGUGCCUGACACUGUGGGAGAAUUGCAAGCUAUCGAACUCAAUUUGAAUCAGAAUCAGAUCUCCCAAAUCUCGGUGCAGAUCUCCCACUGUCCACGCCUCAAAGUCUUGCGUUUAGAAGAAAACUGUCUAGAACUCAGCAUGCUUCCUCAAAGUAUCCUCAGUGAUUCCCAGAUCUCACUGCUUGCUGUAGAAGGCAACCUCUUUGAGAUCAAGAAACUCAGAGAACUGGAAGGCUACGACAAGUACAUGGAACGAUUUACUGCGACAAAGAAGAAGUUUGCAUGAUCAUUAUUCUGCCCCUGUGUAUUCCCAGUUAGAAGAGUUAGUGACUGAAGCACCUGCUUCACUGACUUAAACCAAGACUGAUGAAGAGAUGAUCAGAGUACUCCUCCUCUGUAGUCUGAUAUGGCCUGUUAGGGCCACACUGAAUAAACUUGACCUAGAGAACAUGGGUAUUGAACUGAUGAACCUGCCCAGGGGCCAGUUUUGAUUUUUGUGCCACUAUACCCUUUGACACAAUACAUAUUCUCCUUUUGUCAGGGCUUGUUCUUUCACAGAGAAAGGGAAUGAGCGUUUCAAAGGUGCCAGUUCCCUUUUGUCAGGAAACUGGCUGUUGAUUUUUAAGAGGAUUAUUUCUUCUGGAAACAUUUUUCAAUGAUAGCACAUGGAAGUUCUACCACCAAAGCAGAUCUGAAACAUUGUAUGUCUUGCAGUAAGCACUAUUCUGCAGAGAACAAUUUUUACAGAUGAGGUUUUAGCUUGUAACCUGUAUAAGAUUUUUAUGAAGCACAAGUAGUUGUGGCUAAGUUAAGUGUUCUAUUAACUGCUUCCGGUAAACAAAUCGUGGUUUGAGCAUCCUUCAUUCAUACUUUACUGUACAGGCUUUCUUUUCCCAUAAGCAAGAAUUGCACUACAGUCCACUUCUGCUUGAGCUGUAUCAAAUAAAAUUGAGGUUCAUCUUCAAUGAAUUCUGUAAAAAUGUAUAUUGCUGGAAAAUAUAAUAUCCUUGCACUGAUUCCUUGUGUACAGAGCAAUGCUGAAAGUUUUAGUUGUCAGCCUACUGCUGCUGCCUUAUUACCAAAAACACCUAGAAAGAGCUAAAAAUGUAUGCAAUUAUGUAACUUAUACUGAAAAGGAAAAUGUACUUUUUUAUUUUAGUAAAUCGUUUUCAAAAAAUCA